AUGCACCAACCUGGCCAUAGACCAUUGCAUAGUGUCAGGCUGAGGGGGCGAGAUCCCGCCAGAUGGAGGACCCGAAAACCUUCGAUUUCCCCCACCAAAGGAACCUAUCACCUGCCCGCCCUUCUAUUAGUCCUUCUCAUCGUCAUCCAGAGCUUUGAGCCUCAUAUGUGCCGGGAAUUGAUGAGACAUCCGAGCGACGAGCGCUCCAAGGACAAGCCACUCUCGACCACUGUCGGUGGUAGAGCUCCCCAUGAGGUGACAUUGCCCCAAGCGAAGGAGCACAAACGUGCGGCGGAAAGGUCGGCACCCAGCCAGCCGGAGGAGAUUUUCAGCGCUCCGGCCGACGACAGUGGCCUCAGCUACGAUGAGUAUCCGAUGGUUGUGCCGAAAAGAGCUGCCUUGCUGUUGGACCGUUUAAUGGUGGCCUUGCAUCACGCUCUAGAACAGGAACGAGCCGGUCACCGAAUCGGUGACUUCUACGCGGACAAGAGCAAUCUCAACGAGAAAUUUGGAGAACCACAGAACGGAUUAGCACAACAGCCAGCCGGGGAGGAUGGAAUGUACACAGAGGAUGAUCCCAGCGUAUUGUUGGAUUACGAUUUCAAAGACGUUAACCAGAUCAAUCGCGCCACCGGCGAAACAAGAAGAGCCGGUGCGGAAUUGGCCGGAGAAGAUCGAUCUGGAACGUCCAGCUUAUCCGGCUCCCCAGCUGGUCCACGGCGCCUCCAUCCUUCCGGACCCGGCGGUGGUCGUAUGUACUGGCGUUGCUAUUUCAAUGCCGUCAGCUGCUUUUGA